AUGGCUUAUGGUAAAGGAGUCCUACAGCUGGGAGGCGGCCAGAACUUCCGUCUGCUGUGCCAUUCCAUCACAGGACCACAGCUCCAAGUAAAUGCUAUCAAAGAACUCCCUGGAGUAAAGAACUAUGAAGUGGUUUAUCCCAGAAGACUUUAUCCACUACAUAAAAGAGAGGUCAAGGAGCCAGAACAACAGGAAAAAUUUGAAACUGAAUUGAAGUAUAAAAUGACAGUUAAUGGGAAAAUCGCAGUGCUUUACUUGAAAAAAAACAAGGGUCUCCUUGCACCAGGUUAUGUGGAAACACGUUAUAAUUCCACUGGAGAGGAGGUCACCACAAGCCCACAAAUCAUGGAUGACUGUUAUUACCAAGGACACAUUGUUAAUGAAAAAGUUUCAGAUGCUAGCAUCAGCACAUGUAGGGGUCUAAGGGGCUACUUCAGUCAGCGAGAUCAAAAGUACUUCAUUGAACCUUUAAGCCCCACAAAUCAGGAUGGACAGGAACAUGCACUCUUCAAGUAUGAUCCCGAAGAAAAGACUAAUAGCACCUGUGGGAUGGAUGACAUAUUAUGGGCACAUGGAUCUCGGCAGAGUGUGGUUCUACCUGCCACCAGUCUGGUGAAAUCCAAAGACCAGAAGGGUCCAGAGCAUAAGAAAUACAUAGAAUAUUAUUUGGUGCUGGAUAAUGGUGAGUUUAAAAAGUACAGUCAAGAUCCAGAGGAAAUAAGAAAGAGGGUGUUUGAAAUGGCCAACUAUGUCAACAUGCUUUACAAAAAGCUCAAUACUCAUGUGGCCUUAGUUGGUAUGGAAAUCUGGAAUGAUGAGGAUAAAAUAAAGAUAACCCCAAAUGCAAGCUUCACCUUGGAAAAUUUUUCUAAAUGGAGGGGAAGUGUCCUCCUCCGAAGAAAACAUCAUGAUAUCGCUCAGUUAAUCACAGCAACAAAACUUUCUGGAACAACCGUGGGCCUUGCUUUCAUGUCUACAAUGUGCUCUCCUUAUCAUUCUGUUGGCAUAGUUCAGGACCACAGUGACAACAUGCUUAGAGUAGCAGGGACCAUGGCCCAUGAAAUGGGUCAUAACUUUGGAAUGUUUCAUGACUCCUAUGUUUGCAAGUGCCCUUCUACAAUAUGUGUGAUGGACAGAGCACUAAGCUUCUAUAUACCUACAGACUUCAGUUCCUGCAGCCGCAUCAGCUAUGACAAGUUCUUCGAAGAUAAAUUAUCAGAUUGCCUUUUCAACGCUCCAUUGCCUACAGAUAUCAUAUCCAUCCCAAUCUGUGGGAAUCAGUUGGUAGAAAUGGGAGAGGACUGUGAUUGUGGGACUCCUGAGGAAUGUACCAACAUUUGCUGUGACGCUAAAACUUGUAAAAUCAAAGCAAGUUUUCAAUGUGCAUUAGGAGAAUGCUGUGAAAAAUGCCAGUUUAAAAAGGCUGGUGCAGUGUGCAGACCAGCAAAAGAUGAGUGUGACCUGCCGGAAAUGUGUGAUGGCAAAUCUGGUAUUUGCCCUGAUGAUAGAUUCCGAGUCAAUGGCUUCCCCUGCCAAAAUGGAGAGGGCUACUGCUUGAUGGGGAUGUGCCCCACACUGCAAGAGCAGUGUACUGACCUGUGGGGACCAGGGACCAAGGUUGCAGACAAAUCGUGUUACAGCAGGAAUGAAGGUGGGUCAAAGUAUGGGUACUGUCGCAAAGUGGAUGACACACACAUUCCCUGCAAAGCAAGUGAUGCCAUGUGUGGGAAGUUGUUCUGUCAAGGUGGGUCAGAUAAUUUGCGCUGGAGAGGACAUAUAGUAACUUUCCUGACAUGUAAAACAUUUGAUCCUGAAGACAACAGUCAAGAAAUAGGCAUGGUGGCCAAUGGAACUAAGUGUGGAAACAAGAAGGUUUGCAUUAAUGCAGAAUGUGUAGAUAUCGAAAGAGCCUACAAAUCAACCAAUUGCUCCUCCAAGUGCAAAGGACACGCUGUGUGUGACCACGAGCUCCAGUGUCAGUGUAAGGAAGGAUGGACCCCUCCUGAUUGUGAUGACUCCUCAGUGGUCUUCCACUUCUCCAUUGUGGUUGGGGUACUGUUCCCUGUGGCCGUCAUAUCUGUGGUGGUUGCUAUAGUAAUCUGGCAUGAAAGCACCAGAGGAAAGCAGAAGGAAGUUCAGAGGCCACUGUUUACUACUGGCAGCACGCCUCGCAGACAGAGGAGGAACCCACAGACGGUGAAGGAUGUUCAGCCCCAAGAGAUGAGUCGGAUGAAGCUCCAUGCACCUGAUCUGCCGGUAGAGAGCAAUGAGCCUCCAGCUUCUUUCCAUAAUGCCACAAAAGUACUUCCCUCUACUGUUUUUAAGGAUAAAAUAAUGUCAACACCUAAGGGUUCCAAUCCAAAAGUCUGA